AUGGCAGAAGUACCGUCUAAUCAAUGCCAAAAAAGGACCUACGUUCCCCGAGAGACUCAAGAAGAUCCCGGCUGGCUAAACGCAGGGCAAAACGCUGCUGUUCCCCGGGAGACUCAAAAAGAUUAUGGCUGGCUAAACACCGACGCUGUUGUUCCCCGGAAGACUCAAGAUAAUUCUGGCAGGCUAAACACCGGGCCAAAUGCUGCUGUCGCGGCUUCUAAACCGCUCCAAAACUCGAGCAUCGAUCUCCAGACGGGACACUAUUAUUACGUUGUGUUUGCCAUUGGUUGUGUUUUUGUUCUAUUUGUGAUUGUCACUGUUUUGGAAGUGAUUCCAACUCUGCUAUAG